AUGGCAUUGCUGAAAGUCAGAUUUGACCAGAAGAAGCGGGUGAAGUUGGCCCAAGGGCUCUGGCUCAUGAACUGGCUCUCCGUGUUGGCUGGUAUCAUCAUCUUCGGCUUAGGGCUGUUCCUAAAGAUUGAACUCAAGAAGCGGAGCGAUAUGAUGGACAAUUCCGAGAGCCAUUUUGUGCCCAAUUCCUUGAUAGGGAUGGGGGUGCUGUCUUGUGUCUUCAAUUCUCUGGCGGGCAAGAUCUGCUAUGACGCCUUGGACCCUGCCAAGUAUGCCAAGUGGAAGCCCUGGCUGAAGCCAUACCUGGCCGUGUGUGUCCUCUUCAACAUUGUCCUCUUCCUGGUGGCUCUCUGCUGCUUCCUCCUGCGGGGCUCCCUGGAGAGCACGCUGGCCCACGGGCUCAAGAAUGGCAUGAAGUUCUACCGGGACACAGACACCCCAGGCCGGUGUUUCAUGAAGAAGACCAUCGACAUGCUGCAAAUUGAGUUCAAGUGCUGUGGCAACAACGGCUUUCGGGACUGGUUUGAGAUUCAGUGGAUCAGCAACCGCUAUCUGGACUUUUCCUCCAAAGAAGUCAAAGAUCGUAUCAAGAGCAACGUGGAUGGGCGGUACCUGGUGGAUGGAGUCCCCUUCAGCUGCUGCAACCCCAGCUCGCCACGGCCCUGUAUCCAGUACCAGCUCACCAACAACUCUGCACACUACAGCUAUGACCACCAGACGGAGGAGCUCAACCUGUGGGUGCGCGGCUGCAGGGUCGCCCUGCUGAGCUACUACAGCAACCUCAUGAAUUCCGUGGGUGCUGUGACGCUCCUUGUCUGGCUUUUUGAGGUGACCAUCACCGUCGGGCUGCGCUACUUGCACACGGCGCUGGAAGGCGUGGCCAACCCCGAAGACCCUGAGUGCGAGAGUGAGGGCUGGCUUCUGGAGAAGAGCAUUCCAGAGACCUGGAAGGCCUUUCUGGAGAGCGUGAAGAAGCUGGGCAAGGGUAACCAGGUGGAAGCCGAGGGUGUGGAUGCAGGCCAGGCCCCAGAGGCUGGCUGACGGUCGCGGGACCCCCUCCCCUCUGAACACUGAAAAGUAGUGGACUCCAGGAAACGCGGAUACCCCCCUUGAUCCAAUCUGAAUCUCCCAAGGAGGGCGGCUGUCUCACAGGGACUCUUCUGGAUGGUGGGAUUUAAAAUUCAGGGUCCCUAAAAAUUUUCGUUGAAUGACUGUCUCAAAAUGUGAGUGAAUGAGUCCCACUCAGGCCCACUGCCCUAGGUCGCACCCUCACAGUGGACUCAGCGGGGCCUCUCAGUGGAUGACUCUUCAUGGCACAGGAAUUCAGUUCCCCCCUGAGGCUACUGGCUACACCUGAGGGCUGCUCCCUUUUUAUGAGUUGGCUGUUACGAUCAGCUCCAAGUUGCUUCAUUCUAUAUCCAAAGUGUCACUUGAUGCAUAAGCUUAAGAGUCUGAAAAAUGUACUGGCCAUGCUGUCAUGUUUUUCAAAUGCGAAGAUUGACACAUCAGCCAUUUUAUUUAAUUACAGAAGGUGAGGGACAGUUACACUUUUCUAAGAGUAAUGGUCUCUCCAGAGCACUGAGGGCUCAAAAGAGGAAUUCUCAAUCAUGAGGCAAGAGAACUUAAAGAGAGGCGAUUAUGUCCCUCAGCAAAAACACAGCUUUUGUGUCACCUUCACAAGCCCUCAGUCACUUAGCCAGGAGUGAGCCGCGGGCUGAGGGAGUCGGGUUGUAGGCAUGUUCUGGCUAAACUGCCGGGUGACCUCCUUUGGCUCAUCUGUGGAAGCACUGGGUUAGACGGCUGCCCUUCUGUGGAAGAGGAGCAACAAUCAGACAAGAGUCCACCCUUUGGAGACCAGGCCUCACCUCCUGGGACGCCCACACAGGUGCCGUGACGGGCCCCACGGACAACACUGUCUACAGUGCAGGACAGAGUCCUCUGUGAGCUUCGUCCUGCUUCUUGCCCCAGAUACCCAUCCUGCAAAACGAUAUUUCCCGAAUGCCUCCGCAUUAAAGAAGAUUCUUUGAGACAGAUCAUCUUCCCAUGCUAGCAACUGCGAAAGAAGUUUUUACUUCCUUCUGGAAAAAGAGAGAAAGGAAGCCUUCAGGGGAAGGAGGGAAUGAUUUCACUGCUGUCAUGAGUUUUCAGUGUGGACAAAAUAAGACUUCUGGUGCUGCCUGGGGUAUGUUCUGGGGCUCUAAUUCUCCCAGGCUUAAGGCCAGAUCAGAGAUGUUUGGACAUUCUGUCAGAUUGUGGUCCCAGGUUUAAUUCAAUUCGACUUCUGAGUGUGGAGACCAAGGAAUGACCCACAUGGACAACACUGAGGGACUCAGCCCCUCUGAUGAGGGUCCCGGAGCUCUCCCCUCCCAGGAGCGCUGAGAACCAUCAAGAAAAUG